CAAUCUCCAAAACCAAGUGCAUCCUCCCCGUCCCGGCGCCCUAAAUACGCCACCUUAGCGUCCCCAAGAAAGUGCGAGAAAGCGAGAGGGAAAACCAAAACAAAUAGCAUAAAUUUCAAAAAACAGCAAGUUACAAAGCUGAGAAAUGGGAAGCUCAUCCUCCGAUGAUUUCCCGGUGAUGGUGUUGGCAUCCGAUUUGGGUAUUGAUGCUCGUCCUUUCUUGUUGAGCAGCCAUGAGGGAGGAGACGAGACCGAAGAGCCGGAGAACUGGCACGACUGUUCUCAGUACCUCUAUCCCGAUGAGGAUUUCUCUGAUCUCGAUUUCCUCCAGUUCUUCUGUCUCCAAGGCUCCGAUAAAGCCGGAAGCCGAAUUUUCCGAAUCGUCGGAAAGUAUUUUCCUGCUCCAGUUGUGAGCGGGGAGCGGCUCAAGAAGUAUAUACUCCAUAAAAUAUGCAGUGAGUUCCCAGAAGGGCCAUUUUCCAUUGUUUACGUGCAUAGUACGGUGCAAAAGGAGGACAACUGCCCUGGCUUAACUAUCUUGAGGUGGAUUUAUGAGGGACUUCCCUCAGACAUCAAGAACAGGCUUCAGAUUGUCUACUUCAUACACCCUGGACUUCGCUCAAGACUUUUCUUUGCUACUCUUGGCCGAUUUUUCUUAAGUGGAGGGUUAUACUGGAAAAUCAAGUAUGUAAGCCGCUUGGAGUACCUCUGGGACAACAUAAAAAAGGGAGAGGUUGAUAUUCCUGAAUUUGUGAAAGAUCAUGAUGCUAUUCUUGAGCAUAGGCCGCUAACAGAUUAUGGCAUUGAACCAGACCCUCUCCACCUAACAGAAAUGCCUUCUACAGGCUUCUCGUUAGGGAGGUAUGAGGAGAGAUGGGCCUCAAGGGAAUUCAUGUCUUAGUUUAGUUUUGCUACCAACUUGCUCACCUCAAGAAAUGGGUAUGAUGGCUUGGGCAAGUUGGCAGUUACUAUAUAGAUAGCAUUGUACAUUUGACUGAUCUUAUUGUUUGUUGUCUGCACUUGGUACUUUAUUAGAUUUCUAUUAGUGUGCUGAAUCUUUAACUGUACUUUGAAGAUGUGUAUGAUAACAAGGUUUACACUCAUUGAGUGUUGUACUUUCUCCUUUUCAACUUUUGUUUGCAAUGUGCCUGUCAGUCAUCCAUUUUUAAGUCUCAUGUUUCAAGUAUAUUCCAUGAUACUUACUGUAUGCACCAUUUUGUUCCUCAAAUAUCUGUAUCCAUACUAUUAACUGAAUAGUUUGACACUAUUGGCAUGUUGAUCGAAGUAGCCCAUACUUCCAUAGGAUUGCUUCUGCGGUUGAUAAGAAGAUUGUUACCAUAGACUUGGGUUUGCUCUGUUGGUUUGUUAGAAUUUGUAUAGAACAUGAAUACUCUUGUGGCAAGAUUUUCUAUACAGCAAAUGCAGGAGAGAGCACCAUUUCGUUGUUACAGGGACAGUGUGUACAGUGUUACCUUAUUAUCACAUAUGAAUCACCCUUCCUGGCGACAGGGUGAUUAGUCAACGAGAGGUAACUUUUUUUUUUCCCUAUUUUUACAUCACAGUUGAUUUUACUUCACCUGUUAAAUUAAUUGAUACUUACAACCCUUAGAAGGAACUUUCAAUAUUUCUGUCCUCAUUUUGCUCUUGUAUUGAGUGUCACAUUUACUCCAUGGCUAGUUUCUUGGCGCUCAGGUUCUCGCUUUGGCAUUUGAUAAGUUUUUAUUUAUAAACUUUGUAAAUAUGUAUGCACAUAGCACUAAGCUACACGCACAUAAAAGCAAAGUUAAGAGAGUAUCUCAUUGAUCUUGAGGAGACAAGCAUUUAAGUCAAUUAUUUUGAGAUUUAAUUCCUUGCACAAUCUUAUAUGAUGUACUGUCAUAAAUUCAGCAUUCAUUCUAGCCAAAAUAAAAAAGAAGGUAAUAAAAGCUAAGCAUUCUAAACAUAAGUUCCUCUUUUCAUCUCAUAUCCCAAAAUUUUUUCACAUUAGAAUAGACAAUAGAGUGUGAAUGCUCGAGUCUUUAUUGGAGACUAUUGUGAGAAAGAGAGGGGAAAUGGGUUGCACAGCUUCGAAGAACGAGGACGGAGCAGAGAUGAGUUCUAUUGUGGUCGGUAUUCAAGAUUGUCGUUCAUCAAGGCCGUUACGCCCUGCAAAAAGCAGAAAAACCUGCAAGAAAAAAAUUGGGAUGAAAAUGGAGAUGCAAAUUUGUUUCCGGAACAAGAAGAAGAAAAAGGACAAGUUGAACCAAAUUCAACCAAGAAAAGGCGGAUUGGAAGAGAGGAUGGCUUUGUUGUUAGAAACUAAGGUCUUGUUUGAUACACUGAAAUGAUAUAGGACAAA